AUGGGAUCUUCCUCAUCUAAAGUGUCUACGGUGACCAGCCGUUCAGGCGCUGGCCGCAAGUUCCCUACGAGGGCUCCGAAUUCUUCGAUUCCUCCUCGCCUCCCACUAUUGAGGGCAACCCCGUCUCCAACAUCGCUGGAUCCAGCGUCUUCGGAUCAUGGUAAGGGGCAAUCUGCCGGGACUCAAACAGGCUCAAUUCCAGGUCAAUCACAAGCUAACACCAAUUCCUGUGAAUCCAUAGCCAUCCGUGCCAACCCCGGGAAUCCUCAAUUCGCCUCAGACAGCACCUUCUCUGAGCGCCUUCAUCGCAUGGGUGUCGUUCUACCCAACCCAGGGUCCAGGUCUUCGCGCAUAGCGAAUGCAUCUCCUGGAGGAGAUCACACAGCUCCUUUCUUCCCCACUACGAGCCGAAAUACAACGCUAUCCGCCCUCGCAGCUAGGCGGGCCCUCCAAGACGUUGCCGACCAGGAGCUCGAAAAGAUGGGCAGUCGUGGAUUCCAUGGCCGGCGCUUUCUCGAUAUUCGUUCUAUUGUCGACGCCAUGCGGAUGUGUGAUCGCGGCGUGCCCCAAUCUGAAAUUGAAAAGAGACUGAAGCUUCAACCCGGCGUCUUGAGCAGAUUAGGCUAUCCAACAUUCCUGACAAAUGCUGCCAGUUGA